AUGAAAUUAACAUAAAAUAAUAAUAAUUAGAUUGAGGAUAAAUAAAAUAAUUAAGAAAACAAAGAAUAUAUAGAACUAUUGUAAAAUUGUGUGCAUUAUCUAUUGUUAUAAUUAGAAAAAAGUGAUAUUGAAGUUUAGUUUUAACCUGAAUUUCUUGAAAAUAUUUUUGAUUUUGAUUUUGGGAAUGUAAAUAACAAAGCUCACCACAUUAGUUAAUUGACAAAAGCAAUAAAUAAUCUUUAGUACCAAUAAAAUUUAAAAUAACAAAAUCAAAUAAAAUAUUGUCAAGAAAAAAUCACUAUAUUAUAGCAACAUAUAAAUCAUGCUAAUAACAUAAAUACAGAAUUAAUGAUGUAACUUUCUAUAACUAAUGAGAAAAAUGUUAAGUUAGUAAGAGAGUUGAGUGAAAAAUAAAAUAAAAUUCAAGAAAUUACAAUAUAACAACAAAUAGUAAAUAUGGAUGAAAACUCUAUGAGGAUUGAAAUAGAUGUUCCAUAAUUUAAGGAGAAUAUCUAAAACUUAAUAUGGAACGAGAAUAAACUAUUAAAUAAAUGA